GGGGAAAACGAGAGAGUGGGAGACUUCAAAAACUAGUGUAGAGAGAGAGAAAUGGGCGCGGGUACUGCUGUUAGUGCAGCAGGGGUGGCAGCAGCAAGUGGGGUUAAGGGGUCGUCGUUGUCCGCAACGGAGUGGCUGCGGCGCAUAAUGGAUAGGUUGGUUCGCAUCCUCAAGGGAGGCCCCAUGUCCAACUCCCAUGAAUUCUUCCAGCUCUGCAUCUUGCUCUCUAGGGUUAUUGAUUCUUCUAUUUUGAGCAAUGAGAUUCCUGCUGUUGUCCAUGAUUUGCCUCAGCUGGUAAAACAGAUAUGUGACCAUAAAGACGAUCGUCACCUUCUGCCAGCUAUGAUGGUGCUUAUGUUUUCUGUGAAGAAUGCUUGCAGCAAGGGAUGGUUCCGUGUUCUGGACACUGAGGAACUACUUGUUUUGGUAAAUGAGAUUUCAAGUUGCUUUUGUAAUGUUGGGAACAACAUUUUGCCAUCAAGCAGUGCUCUUAAUAUCAUUUCAAAAAUUAUUCCCAGGUAUUAUCCCUGGUUGAAGUUGGGCAGCAUCCUUGUUUCUCUUGAAGCCAAGCCUGGUUAUGACGCUCUAGUUUCAGAUUUCCAUAUUCCCAAGAAUCCUGUUAUGGUUCCACAGGAGAAAAUACGAUUAUUUGUAGUCCGGACAGAUAAUAUGGAAACAACAUCAUGUAUUGUAACUCCACCACACGUGAAUUUCUUGUUGAAUGGGAAGGGGGUGGAUAAAAGGAUUAAUUCAUCAUUGGAUACCGGCCCACAAUUUCCAACUGAUGUAACUGCAUUGCUAAAAAUGGGGACCAAUCUUUUGCAGGCUAUAGGGGAUUUCAAUGGUAAUUAUGUUAUAGCCAUAGCUGUGAUGGACGUAGGUCCGUGCUCUGAUAGUACCACACUACAAGAUUACGUCCAGCCUGCUGUCUCAGCAGUUACUCAAGAUGAUGAGCUGCUUGAAGGCCCCUCAAGAAUAUCACUCAGCUGUCCUAUAAGCUUCAAACGUAUCAAAACGCCCGUCAAGGGAGGCUUGUGCAGACACCAUCAGUGCUUUGACUAUGAAAACUACUUGAAAAUCAAUUCCAGAAGGCCCAGUUGGCGGUGCCCUCACUGCAAUCAAGCCACCGGUUUCCCGGACUUGCGCAUAGAUCAAAAGAUGGUCCAGAUCUUGGGAGAGACUAGGGAAGAUGUAGCCGAUGUCCUCAUCUCUGGAGACGGAUCUUGGAAAGUUGCGACGGAUGAUGAUGGCUCUACAGAACACAUGAAUGGUGGGACUCAUAGAAACGACCAGGAUAGUUGUGAGCAUAAUGUUGGUUCAAAUGUUUCAAAAGACGUAGUGGAUCUCACCAUCGAAACGGAAGAGACCAAUGAGAGGAUCAUUUCCAUGGAGGUUGAUUCUACGUCAUCAAAGAAUACUAUCAGCCAUGAGACAAUCAACAAUAGUAAUGAUUGUGAAGAAAGGAAACCUUGCCUAGAAAAUCUUCAGCGCUUAUCUGUCACUGAAACCCUUUCUGGGCCACCAGUUACCAAUACGGCACGUCAGGCAAGUCAGGUAGCUGAUUACCAAUCUCUGCAGAACUUCUGGAUGAGAGCACUUUUAGCUUCAGCUUCUAUAGGUCCUAAUGCUCCUGUCAAUGUUGGGGCUGUCUCUCGAGUUGGGGUAUCGGAAUCUCUCGGAAGCCCUGUUGCUGGCAGUGUUUCAAGAGUUGGGGUAUCUGAAUCCCUUGGAAACAUUGUCUCUAGAGUUGGUGCAUCUGAAUCUGUUGGAAACCCUAGUGUUGGGAGUGUCUCUAGAGUUGGGGUACUGGAAUCGGUAGGAAACCCUGUUUUUGGGGAUGUAUCUAGAGUUGGGGUACCAGCAAUGGUGGCACCUGUUCUCACUGAUGCCAUUUCCCCUGCACCUAAUCGUGAACCCUUGGACACUCAGGUUUUAGCACAAGCCUCAAGUUCAUUUCAGAGUGUGCCAGUGCCUCAAGGAAGGCAACUUUUGCCUACUGAGAACUGUGAUGUUGUUAGUCAGCUUAGACAGCUGAAUGCUGGUAUAGUUGGUGAUACUCAUAGGAUUCCUAGAGUACACAGAACACCCAUAGCAAUUCAAGCCUUGCCUGCACAGUCUCAAGGCGCAAAAUCACUUCAAAGGAUGAGAGGAAGUCUUCCAAAUUCAAGUUCUGUGGCACUCAAUACUUCCAGCUCUCCGAAUAGUUCUCUUUCGGGUCCUUUCGGGACAGCAACUGUAGAUGGUGUAGAUGCAACAAAUGUUGGCAUGGAACGGCAGCAUUUUUCUUGGCAGCAAAUUAAUGCCCAGGGAGUUGCGGAUGUGGCUGCAGCACCUACCUUGCAGUUGCAAUCGAUAUCACAGAAUCGUCCAGAGCAAUCAUUCCAACCAGUUGUCAGUCUUCAAGCCCCGAUCCAACACAGCACCCGAAGCCAUCAACAGAGUCCUUCAGAGCAAUCUCUUCCUAAUAUUGUUGGCUUGCAAGCCCCAAUGGUAAUUGGCACCCGAAACCCAUUGGAGCAGCAAACAAGGCUCCAUCAAAGCUCUCCUUACCCAAAACUGACUCUUCAAAACCCAUAUCAGUGGCCACCCCAUCAAAUCUUAAAUCAAUCUGAGCCCUUCCAAAGACAAAUCCCACACCAUACAUUCCACACUCCACAAUCCAAAUCGAGCUCUGGUAUAGGAGCAACCAUUUCGGCGGCUGGUAUUCCCACCAUUAACGCACCCCUUCUCUCACAAUCCCAAUCAAGUGGUGGCAUGGCAGCAACUAUUUCGGCAGGUUGUUCGCCCAAUGUUAGCUCACAUCCUCUUAUUUCCAAUCGUUCAAGGCCAAAAUCGUUCGUUCCUAUAAGGCCCUCCGCCCCUUCUCUUCAAAGAAGCACAGAGAGCUCUAGGUUUCCUAUUAGUGAGCAAAGAUGGAAUGUGCAGGUUCAAUCGGCGACAAGGCCUGAGGAGUUGAUAUCUGAGCAGAACUGGAGACCCAGUGGUAGGAUGAGAGGGAGCCUGAACAUGACCCAGUACUUUGCUCAGAGCUCUGUAUUGGGAUCAGCCACAUCACCACCUGCCUCCACAAGUCAACAACAAAUGGACAGUCUCCAUGCUGAACAGAGAUCCCAGCCCUACUUGUGACCUAGUUAUGAUGAUAUCAAUGAGCUGGUGUCUUUGGGUAAGAAUGAUAUAGGCAUUCAUUGUUCUUGUUUUUUUCCUGACGAUCCGUUUUUUAUGGACGUUCAUGUGCAUAUGGGGUGGAUGCAAUGUGGAGCCAUUGUGAUGUGAAUAGUUAAUUUGUCUUGCAUGCUUAAAGUGUUCCAGUGGAUUUCUUUUUUAAUCAAGAUCUGGGGUUUGGUGCUGAGAAAUUGCCAAACUUCAGGAAGUGAUGUGUCCUAUUCAGACGUGCACAUCUUUUUAGUGUGAUGCAGAGGUUUUUCUUGUAUCCUCUCUCCCAUCGAGGGCGAUUGUGUAAAGCACUCUAGUUAUUUCACCUCUGUGAUCAAUUGUUCGAGCAAUCUGUGGCUAUGAUGUGAUGUUUUGACAAUGGAUGUCAGAUAUAAAUACCCUUGAUAUGAUUAAAAUGUGAAACUGUGGCGAAUGUAGCUGGUAAUUUUUGUUGGUUAUUGGUUU